AUGGCAUUGCCAGGUGGUGUCGGUUCUGAUAGUGGUUCGGCUACGAGUAGUUCUCCGGUUGAGCUCCGUGAAAGGCUAGAGCGAGUUGAGAAUGAGGCUAGAAGUUUGGUUGAAGCCACUGUUGAGCAAAUGCGUGAGCAGUUGCAACAGUACGAGCAGCGUUACGAUGAGAUCCUUCAACAGGGUCGAAUCUUGGAAGAACAGCUAUCCGUAGCUAAGGCCGAGCUAAGCAAGGUCGAAGCAGAACUUCAGGUUGCUCGUGCAGGGUACCAAGAGCUUGAAGCCGCCCUAACAAGCUGCCGGGGUGAUAACAAUUUGCUGAACUUCCAAAACACCCAGCUACGAGUUGAGUUGCAAGUCAAAGGCCGCGAGAUUCAGAGACUCCGUCAGGCUGCUCUAAGCGCCACGAGUCCUGGGUCUUCGCCUCCAAAGCCUGCACCUCGCCAGCAAGAUGUGCCGCCAGCGAUUGCGUCAGGUGCUCGUUCUGGUGGGUCUAGUUGGGUACAUAUCGGUUCUAAUGGGGACAAUAGUGGUGCACCUUCAUUGCCGCAAGUGGUCGGUGAGUCUGCCCCUUGUCCUCCUGCAACCGUUACCGAUCCUCGUGUUGAUCAGUUGAUUGAUGUCGUACAGCAACUGCUUGCCCAAAGAAAUGCCACGGAUCAAAGAUGCAAUGAUGCAUCCCCUGUUCAUGAGAUCGAAGAACCUGAAAGGCAAGAGAAGCAUGUCGUUGACAGCCGAGCUUUGUUACAUCUCAAGCUUGAGCCGGUUCCUUCCGAUGCUGGUGGUUUCCGAGCCUGGAAAAACGCGUUGUUGGUCCAGAUUGCCAAGCUUGACAUGUCAGGCGAAGGUUUGGUUGUUGAAUGGUUGUCUCGGUCUUUCACAGCUGAGAAAGAAGAGCUUACUGAGUCGGGUCUUCUUCCUCGCCUUGACGCUUGGAUUGCUGGAGAAAUGACUUCCAUGCGUGUGUUGAAGCAAGUGACUGAGUUGGAGCAAGAGGUUAUCGCCUAUGUUGAGUUGUGCGGCCAGACAGGGUCCCAGCCGAAAGGUCGACGCAUGCUUGCCCUUCUUGCCCAUCAUGUCAGCAUCGACCGUGUUCGAGGUACUGUGCUGACUGCUUCAACGUUGUUCCAGGUUGAAAUCGGAGGAAACUCCGUGCGAGAUCUUCGGGACUUUGUGCAGCGUGUAAGGACUGUUCUGUGUUCCAUCCCAAUCGGACAAAGGCCAGAUGAUCGCCUUACUGAGAGUGGCUCUUCCACCGUGUGA